AUGCUCGCCUUCCUUGACUCUGGCAUCUCGAAGCUGGGCAUCUAUCCGGAGAUCUUGGACCGCGUCAAGGCCGGAGAGGGUCUGAUCGACUUUGGAACCUUGUUUGGUCAGGACCUGCGACGCCUGGCCGCUGACGGCGCGCCAACAGAAAACCUGUACGCCACAGACAUCGAAGGGCUCUUCGGGAGUCUCGGCUACGAUCUCUUCCGCGACUCUGGCCGCUCCAAAGCAACCUUCAUCGAGGCCGACGCGCUUGACACGUCGCGCACGACCUCGCCGCUCCUCUCCAACCCAAAGCUGCUGGGCAAACUGUCUGUAAUCCACAGCAGCCACUUCCUGCACCUGUUACCGGGAGAGGACACGCUCACAAUAAUCUGCGACGUGUUUCUUCCGCUGCUCAAUCUCGAUGGUCCAGGUGCUCUGAUAGUAGGCCGGAAUGCGGGUCUCAAAGAGGCACGACUUGUCAAGACGCUCGUGCAGCCCCAGGGUACCAGGGUCAGCAACCCGCUCGAGAGCUUCUCGCACAAUGAGGAGACUUUGGGGGAGCUCUGGAAGGAGGUUGGGGAGGGGACAGGUACGAAGUGGGAUAUCCAGAUCAAUGAAGAGCUCUCUGGGAAAGACGACGUCGCUGCAUCGUCUGAGAAGAGAUCUGCGUCGCUGAGAUUGUCCAGGGGGGCGCUGAAGUCGUAA